AUGCCUCCAGUCCAGCAUGCGGGGUGGUUCCCCAGCAUUCUCGGUCGAUCCAUUUUUGACGGCAUCAGAAACACCCACCUACAUGCCUCCCGCGAUGCCAAGCACGAUAUUGCACUCACACCACUCGAUGCAGACCACACCCAUGCCCUAAUUGCUCGUGCCGACCGAACAUACCACCCCGGAGAAGGCUCAGUCAACCCGAGCAACAUCAACAUGCGCGGUCUGUACGCACUAUUUGGUAUCCUAGGUGCGGCCUUUGUUAUCGCUUCUAUCUGGUUCUUCUUCUGGGCAAAAAACGGCGGCUUUAGAUGGCAAAAGGGCGACUGGGACGAAUACAAAUCGACUGUCCUCCGGCGAAAGGGCCCCGACGGCCGAACCCUCAGUAACGCCACCCGGAGCACAAAGCUAGGCGGAGGUAGCAUUGUCGGCAAAGGCUACAGCGAUGACGGGUACACAGUCGCCGACACCGCCCCCGGAUACAGCGAUACAGCAACCACAAUAACAGAGAAGGAACCUAAGCGCAAGCGCAACCUCCGGGACAAGUUCCGCCGCAAACACAGAAACGAGGCAUACGAGGGUGAAGCCGACGAGGACGUGCGCGCCUACCGCAAGGAGAAACCCGCCCAAAUCGGCGGCAUCAACCGCGAAGCAGACGGCACCUACUAUGGCAGCGACUACGACACCUCCGCCCCACCCACGCACUACAACCGGAGCGAGAUGAGCGAAGUCCGCGACUAUGCCUACAACGAACCGCCUCGGAAAGAACGCGACUUUUCCUUCGUCCCUGGAACCGAAGAGACAAUCUCUCAAACCACAACAGAACGCAUGCUCCACGAACCGUCGAACCGCAGACACAACCGCCGCCGUGAACGCCGCCGGAACCCUCCCACAUCAUCCUCGUCUCGUCAGAGCAGCCCGCGUAAGAGGGAAUCCCGCUCGGCCGCUGCCGGUGGGGGCCACUACACGGAGCCGUUGGACUUCUCAUCCUCUACGCCUUCACGCUCGGACUAUCAGUACUCGAAUGUCGGGACUGAGGAGGAGGACAUCGGUACGGUCAGCUACCAUCAUCCGAUUCCGGGUCUGAGUAAGGGCUACCGUCGUGAAGGGGCACGCAGCCGGCGCAGAGAUAGUCUGAGUGAUAGUGAUGGCGAUGAGACUCGAUAUUCAUGA